AUAUUCGCGAUCAGUUCGUUCUGAGAUUACGAGACGAUAGGGUUACGUACGUUCGUGUUCGCGCGGCCACGAAGACGCGUCGUACGAUCGAACGAGGAGGCGACCGCUCGCCAUCAGUUAUUCAGUUUCCCCGACGGCGAUAGGAAGAAAGCUCCACUAGCUCCAGCCGAAGUUCGAGAAGGUUUUUUUUGUGGCGCGGUGAAAGGCGCGGGACGAAGUAGAACGAGGUAGAAAGUCGGACGUGCGAGAGCACGCGAGCGAGCGAGGCGCCAUCGCGCGCGAAAGAGAGAGAGAGAGAGAUUGAGACGAACGACGGGGGGUGGGGAAAGACCAAAGUCUGCGGGGCACAGCUGUUCCGUGGAAGGAAACGGAGCGGGAGGAGGAGGAGGAGGGGGAGGAUCGCGCCGAAUAUACGCGUCGACGGGAGCGAACGAGCGAGAGAGAACGUCGGGGACUCGAGACCGGUGUACGGAAGUCGAACGAGAGCGCGUUAAUCGAGAAUCGCGAGGAUACGAAUCGCGACGCGCGGUAACGAAGGUCACACGCGAGGAAGCCGGAGGUCGCGGUUAACGAGGAGUCGCACCGCACGAUCGAAAAGCAGGGAUACUCCGGAGAGUGCGAACGACGAACGAGUUUCUCAGGCGCCACCCGUUAGAAUCUCGCCCCGUCACUCCUUUCUUCUUCGCCGAUUCGCGGACCCAGGUAUUUAACGAUCUCCAACGAGAGAGCGUCCGUCAAAGGAAGAAAGGAUCGGUACCGUUUUCCCCGCGAGAGAGAGAGCGGUCGCGAGAACGCGGAAAGCGACUCUCCGACUCCCCUGAGGUCUACGACUCGGGAAGAGUAAAAAAAAAUGUGGCGUCCCACGAGUAGAGGCACCCAGAUGGAGCCUGAACGUGUUACAGAGGACGACAAGAAGCAGCAGCAGCGGCGGUGGAAGUGCGACAACGACCACGACGACGACGGUGGCGGCAAGUACGACGAGGACGAGGCGGGCAACGUCGACUCCGGAUUCCUGUCGGGCGCCAAUCUGCAGUUCAGCGGCGAGAUCAGCGGCGACUCGGGGUUGCUGCAUUCGCCGGAGCGAGAGGAGGAGGAGGGACGCUGGGGGGAGGGGGAGGGGCAGAGGCAGGAGAGACAGGCGGCCAAGGCAACGACACCGGCACCCUCAUCAUCAUCAUCAUCGUCGUCAACGGCAGCGUCGGCGGCGAUCGCCCAUGAGGAGCCAAUGAGGGCGAUUGACAGCGGCGUGGACCUCGACCUCACCGAGACCCUGAGCCAGCUCAGCCUCAAGCAGGUCAGCCUGAACCCGCUCGCCGCCAAGGGCAAACUGAUCCAGGCCGAGCCGACGGCGCCCGAGCUGUUGCCCGUCAGCGCGAGCCUCGCGCAGAAUGAUGAGGACGACGUGGAGUUCGAGGAACCGCGGGACGACGGCAACGAUGAUGAGAAACGCGCGACGACGAGCAACGAGGAACCCGCGUGGCAGUUGUACUACACGCAAGAUGACGACGGUGACACGCAACUGCACAUCGCGAUCGUGCAGGGCUUCGUGGAGGCUGCGCUCUGUUUAAUAAGGAUGGCCCCGGACCCGUGUCUAUUGGACACCAUGAACGACGACUGGCAAUCGCCCAUGCACCUGGCAGUGUUGACACACCAGCCGCUGAUCGUCAGGCGACUGGUCUUAGCGGGCGCGGAUCCGUCUCUGAGGAAUUUCCGCGGGAACACGGCUCUCCACCUGGCCUGCAUGAGCGGGGAUUUCACUUGCGCCAAGGCUCUCACGGACCCGUUAUCCCCGAUGGAGAGGAAUAAGCUAAUGCCCGGACAGACGGUACCCGCCUUACCUCAGAAUUUGGAGCAACGUAAUUAUAGCGGCGAGAUGUGCUUGCACGUGGCCGCCGCCAAUGGAUACGUGGAUCUGGUGCGACUUCUGUUGCGUUUAGGUGCCGAUCUCAAGGCAAAGGAGGGCCUGGCGGGAUACACGGCACUUCAUCUCGCGGUGGAACGCCAGCACCGGCCGUUGUUUGAUUUCCUAUUGCCGGAAUGCCAACGCGCGUUAUGUCUGGACGAGCGAACGUAUGGCAGGAGAACGGCCUAUCAGUUGACCCUAGACAUCAAGGGCGAGUUCAGCAGGAGAGCACGCAGGGAACUGAUACGGCACGGGGCACAUCCGGAACCGCUGUCGGAACCGGAUUCUGACAGCAAUUCUGAAAGCAGCGAAGAUGAGGAGACGAUGAGAACAUCGUGGACGGCGGAUUACUUGUCCGCCAUCAAGACGCAAAACGCGGUUGGAGUGACAGUCUAAAGUAUCCAUUGAUAUCUCUAAUUCAUCGAUAAACUUGGGCGCUAAAUAAUUAUCGAAUGAGACGAUGGAAAAAUACGUUGUGUACUGCGCGUAUACGCACGGGAAACAUAUCUCGAAUCACGUCAUGUCUGUGACGUCAUUUUAGUUUAUCAAUCGAAUUGAUACAAUCAGAGAAUUACGUUGAAUAAAAUUUUCCAGACAAGAAAGAGAUAAAAAUCAUAUCUCAUAUUUUAUAUUUUCCAUAUAUGUUUAAUAAGUAUAUCUUAAGCUUCAACGCGUUUACGAUAUUAUCUUAAUUAAUGUGACAAAUUUAAACGAAUAGUUGUUACUUGGAAAGAACAAUUAGGUUUAUUAAAUUAAAUUAAACAAAGCAUUUCGCAGAAAUUAACUUGCGGCUUGAAUUUGAUGACGCGCUGGACGAUGUUGUGUUAAUAAAUUAAAUUCAUUGAAACAAAUAAUUAAAACAAAAUUGUUGAAAUUUAGAAGAAAACGAAAAUUGCGGUUGACGAUAAUAGCCUCGAUGUACAUAAUGCACGAAUGAGAAAUCAGCGUAGUUUUGAAGCGUUUAUGACGUCAUCUUAAUCUGCUGGAUGGAUUAAGAUCUGUAGUAAAAGAAAUUAAAGAAUUACCGAUUAAGUAGAUAAGGAGUAGAAUUUCUCGAGAUUAGCUUCAAAGUAUAUUAUAUGUAAUGUGCGAUUAUAGAGAUAUCUCUUGAGUCGCCGAGUAUUACUGUCGUAAUACAAUUAUAGACUGCAUACGUUUUUCGAAUCCGAUACCGGCAGCAGUGUGAGGGACGAACGACGAACGAGUAACGGAGUAACGCGUGGGAAUCGAAAAUCUCAGAAACGAACUUAAACGCGAUUAACGAAACAUUCAAUUACGAACGAAGAUUACGACGACACGUAGACGCGGGUUGUCUUAGCGGCCGUUCGUCUUUCCCCUAGUAAUCUUUCGCGGCGAAUAGACAUGCAGCAUCCCGAGAGACGUGAAGAGUGUUCCAAAAAAAAGGCUGUACAAAUAAUACAAAGGACAAAUGUAUAUUUUAACGCGAGUGUUCUUGAUGUUUGUCGGAGAGUCUGCGAGUGCGAAAGGAGGUGCGUGCAGCACCGGAACGUGUGACGACGCGAAAGUGGAAUACUUGCGCUUAUCUAACUCGAUAUCUUAUGAUGUAAAUAGAAGAGUACGUUCAGUGUCCGCGUUCAACGAUAUGAAUACUCGUGAAGAAGGGUCUUGUAAGUUCCGGUCUAGAGGAUUUACAAGAUAAUAGGUGCUUUAAGCCCUAAUCCGUAAAAACAUUAUCAAUCACAGUCGAAUGUAAGAAGAAUACUCGACUGUGACUGGGCAAUUUCUUCUUCGGGUUUAGAGCUUAGGGCUUAAAGCACCGAUUGUAGACCGGGACUCGUAGGUCAUAAGUCGUAGGAUAAAGGCGAAGUCAGUGCGUGAAGCAGAAUACAUAUUAGAACAGAGAUAAAUAAUCAAAUUCACAUUCUUAUACGUGCAGCUCGGAUAGCUGCACACGAUGUAUAUGUAUGUAUUUAUAUAUCAACGUAUCGAAAAAAGAAAGGUUCAGAACGAUGUUUAUUAACGAUGAACAUUAACCGGAUCAAUGUUCUUAUAGCAAUUGCUUCCAUCGACAUACAACUUCAUCUCUUCGUGUAUAUAAACAUUUUCCGUUAGAAUUAUAAGUAUAUCACUAUGUCGCGGUAAUAUUAAUAGUAACAAUGACAAGAUGCCGAUAUAUCAUUAUUGUUAUAUUCGUAUAGUAAAAGCUAUAAUUAUUUUUAAUAAAAAAACAUUACAAAAAA